GCUCUAAUACUUGUAAUGAAAAAGGUUAUGUUCUUUUGAGAUAAAACUCAACAGACAAAGUAAACAAAAAGAGAAUAUAUUUGUAAUUAUUGCAAAUAGCUAAGAAAAUAUAUAAGUUUUCUUAAACACAGAUAGUAAUUUUAAAAUUAUCGAUAAAUGUAGAAUACAUCAAACUCUAUAUAUAAUUAUAUAUUUUUAUAUUAUUAUUAUUAUUGUUAUUAUAAUUAGGGACCUCGCCCAAAGGAGUGAUUUUGAAUUUCGAAUCAAAAUUAUGCCGCCCAAACUUUUGAUUUGAAAACAACACUUCCUUCUCUUCUUAGUCCUCUCCUCCAAUUUCAUUCAGAUUCACAAAUCACCCGGACGAACGAACCCAUCUCAGCUGCACCCGAGAAACAACCCUCAGCUCCGACAGAAAAUUGCCAAGAAUGUCGGUGUCAAGGGACAGACUAGUGCGACCAGUAGACCCAGCAGCCGAAUUUGCCCUUAGGCGUUCCCUCGGUAUCCCUCGGAAUGAAGGGGACAGUCUCUUCGAGUCUCCGAUCCAGCAGACGACUCCGGAGUUCUUGAGGGCAGGGGGAUGGCUCCGUGUUGGAUCGCCAAGAGCAUCCAGUGUGCCUCGAGGGCGGGGAAGGGAACGUCCCCCGAGUAGCACAUUGCCAUCUUGGUACCUAAGGACUCCCUUGAGUGAUAUCACUCUCAUCUCGAGGGCAUUCGCAAGGAGAAGAGCUCGCCUUGCAGAGGCUCAAGUCCAUGAAGCUGAUAGCCUGCUACUGCCGGGGUCAAGUCCUCUCAAUCCGUCUUUGCAGCUGUCAGGUGCUCCCCUUGAGCAUGAGCCUUCUCUAGUUACUCCCAGCUCUUCACCUUCAGUAGGCACCGACAACCCACUCGCAAGUGACAACUGCCCUCCUCCCAUUGGUAACGUCUCGAAGAUACUGCAUGACGUAGCCAACCAUCCAGUGGCAAGUGACAACUCUGAGUGUUCUGUUGACGUCACUGACCAGCCCAUUGCCAGUGAUGACUCCAAGUUCCUUGCAAGUCGUCUGCAGCUAUCAGGUGCUCCCCUCGAGCACGAGCCUUCUCUAGUUACUCCCAGCCCAUCAGUGGACACCGACAAGCCUGCUGCAAGCGACAAUGGCCCUCCUACCGUCGUUAAUGUCUCGAAGAUACUGGCUGAGACAGCUGACCAGCCGGUAGCAAGUGACAACUCUGAGUGCUCUGUCGGUAGUGUCUCUGAGCUCACCGACAAGCCUGUUGCGAGUGACGACUGUGAGUCCCUUGCUCCACAGAAGAAGCUACUGAACCAAAUCGAAACUGUGCAGAAGAAGGUUAUGGAUAAGCUGAAGAAACUUAAGAGGACACGGGCCGCUAAGAAGGCGGAGCGAGAGAGGAAAGUCCGCAUUUUGCUCUCGAUGCGCUAAUGAAAAUCCCCACACAAGAGCCAGUGCCUGUAUCCAUUUUUGAUCAGUCUCUAGCUGAUCCUGCAUUUCUGCUCUUUUCACCUUUUGUUCUUUGAUUGAUGAUUGCUUGCCCUCAUAAUGACUAGUGGAAGGUCUCGUUAGGUAGAUCGAUACUUUUGGCCCAGUGACGCAAACUUACUAAAGAUCUUUGGCAUAGGAUCUCUAACCACUAGCCACAUCGGGUGAUGUCACAUUUUUCUUUCUGUACAUCUUUCUGUACAGGUAAUGAUGUAGGAGUAGAAGCACCUACGAGUCAUUUGUUUGGGUCGGGAACUCUAUAACACAAUAAGGGCUACAUUUCUCGUGUCUUUACCUGUGUUCCUUCAAUGGUUUCAGUGAGAAUGACAUAAAAAGCAUCUCUUCAUCAUUCCGUCGA